GGUUAGGCCGGUCAAGCGGACCGGGCCUUGACCGGACCAUCGCAAUGAAUGAUAACUAGAUUUUGUUUUCCUUUGUUUAAAAUUGCUUUUUCCCUGCUAGAAACUGCCGAAUCGAACAAGCAAGCACCGCGAGGACGGGCUGAGUAGCUGCGACGGUAGAGAAACAAUCGGGUUGGGCCGCAUUGCGGUAUAAAUGGUCUAUUAUGCCUUAUUAAAAGGGAGGCCCAGUCUGAGGCAGCAGCAGUCCACCAGGGAGACCGCGCCUCCCAAGUCCCAACCCCCAACCCUCGUUUGGCGUUCUCCCAUCUGGUUGGAAAGAAGCCAUUGCCUCGAGCGAGCCACAGCAGAUAGAGAUCAAGAGACUUGAAGCGUGCGAUUCCUUUCACCCAGCCAGCGAUGCAAUCGGUGGUGUUCAAUCCUUGUCCUUCUUGCUGCAGGGCUCAGCAGUCCCCUGAAGCCUCCUCUUCUUCUUCUACUUCCGGCCUCUUCCGCUCCCGCCUUCUCUCUUUCAAGGAUUCGGGCUUCAGGGGAACCAGGAUUUCAAUCGGCCGAUGUGGCCUCGGGAGUUCUUGUCCUUCCCUUCUUCCGAUGGCUUCCCGAUCCCGAAGAUGGUAUGUGGUUAGAGCUAUUGCUACUCCAGAUCCAGUAGUGGAAAUGCCACUGACUGCAGAAAAUGUUGAGUCAGUUUUAGAUGAAGUGCGACCAUACCUUAUGGCAGAUGGAGGAAAUGUGGCACUACAUGAGAUUGAUGGAAAUAUUGUAAGGUUGAAACUACAAGGAGCAUGUGGAUCCUGUCCAAGUUCUGUAAUGACAAUGAAGAUGGGCAUUGAGCACCGCUUAAUGGAGAAAAUUCCAGAAAUAGUUGCAGUUGAACCCAUCGCUGAUGAGGAAACAGGGCUCGAGCUAAAUGCCGAAAAUAUUGAGAUGGUACUUGACGAGAUUAGGCCAUACCUCAGUGGAACUGGUGGUGGUGAGCUUGAGCUCGUCACCAUUGAGGAGCCAAUUGUGAAAUUGCGACUUUCAGGCCCCGCCGCUGGGGUCAUGACUGUUCGAGUGGCAGUGACGCAGAAGCUUCGAGAAAAGAUCCCUUCAAUUGCAGCAAUUCAACUCUUAUGAUACCUGAGAAAAGAUCCCUGCAAAUGCAGUACAGCUCCUAAAAUAUUUGAGAAAGAUCCCUUCCAUUGCAGCAGUUAGCUCCUAAAAUAAAUACCCGGCAGGGAAAAAAAACACUUUUUUAUAUAUCAUCUUGUGAGCUCAUGUGUUAAACAUUUUUAUAAGUAAUUAUUUUACCUAGUGCAAAAAUUUGAUCGUAAUUUAUAGUUUUACUGUUUCGUGGAAAUCUAUGUACUUGCUGUAAUUUUUUUGUAAAUAAAAUGUUAUAGGAAGAUCUGUGCACCAACUUUAAAAUAUCA